CAUUAGACCAAACCUUCUUGUUUCUUCGAAAUUAGGGUUUCCUCGAAAUUAGGGUUUCCUUUUUACCCCCAAAUUCUGUUGUUCUAUUUUUCAAGGUUCUCUCUUUGAGAAAUCGAUCAUGGCGAUGGAGUGCUUAACCCAGAAUCUCAUAGAUCAUCGCCCCAGGAAAAGGCCGAGAUGGGAUGUCCAGCCUCAGGCUCAGAUAGGAAUGUUCUGUGGGCAAGAAGUUGGACUUGGAGAUUUGACAAGCUUGGUAUCAUCGAUGGCACCUUCAGAUUAUACUUGUUCUUCUUCCUCUUUGUAUGCAAACAAAGUGGCUCGUAUUGCUUCUCCUCCUCGUAGGGAGGAUGACAAAGAUGGUCAUUACGUGUUUGGGAUUGGAGAAAAUUUAACUUCUCGCUGUAAUUACACUCAUCACUGACGUUUUAAAUUUUUGUUUUGUAUUGUAUUGUUAUUUGUUAGAUUAUGUCGUCCUGAGUUUGAUGUUUGUGUGUGCAUGAUAUAUACACACCCACACACACAUACACACACAUAAAUACACAUACACAUACACACAUACAUACACACAUACAUAUGUAUAUAUAUGUGUGUGUGUGUGUGUGUAGAAAUAAAUAAAUAUGUGUGUGUGGGCGCGCAUUUAUUUGUAUGUAUAUGUAUGUAUGUAUGUAUAGACUUAUAUGUAGUAGUUAAAGAUCAACUACUUAAUUGUUACUAUUCUUGGUUAUUGGAUCUGCUACGUAUUAUGAAAAAUCAUUUUGUAGGUUUAUGCAUGUAAGAAAUUUAGCAUAUUCUUGUAAAGAAAGAAAUGGAAACCUUUUUUAUGUAAAAGGUGUUUUCUACAUCGUUUAUUUUUAACAGAUA